AGCUUCACAUCCAGAGAGCCCAGGACUGAGAGUGGACUCUACUGCCUGUUUAAACUCUGUGCUCUGUGGAAGAGGAGAGGGGGCGGCGGGGAUUGUUUUCAAGUGAAUCGCUGGCAGAGAUACAUAGAAGGGAGAGGAGGGUCCCUGUGCUGACACAGCUACAGAGAAAAUCAGGUCCCGCCCACGUUGUGGUUCUGCAGCUGGACAAGAUGAUGAACUGCGGAUUAUUGACCGACAAGAAUGAACCAGUUCCUCUGAAGAGCAUAGUGGUGGAUCUGCAGGUUAAAGGUCAUGUAGCUACAGUGAGCUCCACUCUGCAGUAUGUAAAUGAAGAAGAGCGCCCCCUGGAGGCCCUGUUUGUCUUCCCCAUGCCUGCAGAAGCUGCUCUCUGCCACUUCAGUGCCAAGAUUGCUGACAAGGAGAUAGUGGCGAAGGUGCAGGAGAAACAGAAGGCGCGGGAGGAGUAUGAUGAUGCGAUUGCCUCAGGAGAUCAGGCCUUUCUGCUGGAGGAGAGUGACGAGAGUGAGGAUGUGUUCAAGCUGAGUGUGGGGAGUCUGCCUCCAGCCCAGAGUGCUGCUGUCACCUUCAUCUACGUCACUGAGCUCUCUGUGCAGGCUGACCACGCCCUGCGCUUCUGCCUGCCUGCAGUGCUCAACCCCCGCUACACACCACCAGGUACAGGUGGUGGUAUAGUGUCAGAGAUAACAUCAUCACCAGCAGGUGUUCCCUACUCUCUCUCUCUCACUGCCCAUGUGAGCUCUCCCAACCCCAUCACUAAAGUAGAGUCCAAAUGUCCUCUUGAGCCUCUGAUGUUCCUCAAUGCAGACCACACAAACGCAAAGGUGAGUCUGUCCGCAGGUCAUAUGUUUGACAGAGAUGUCGAGCUGUUCCUAUAUUAUCAGAACGCCCACCAGCCCACUGCUAUAGUGGAGGCAGGAGAGCCCACAGCACAGCCAGGAACUCUGAUGAGAGACCCUGUGGUCAUGCUAAGUUUGUACCCAGAGUUCCCUUCAGCGCUGAUGUCAUCUGUAACAUCUUGUGGUGAAUUUGUGUUCAUAAUGGACAGAUCUGGCAGUAUGGGCUGUCCGAUGCAUAAUGGAUCAGGUGCACAGAUGCGCAUUGAGAGUGCCAGGGACACUCUGCUCCUCCUGUUGAAGAGUCUCCCUCUGGGCUGCUUCUUCAAUAUCUACGGCUUUGGUUCACACUAUGAGUCCUACUUUCCGAAGAGUGUUGAAUACACUCAGGAGACAAUGGACCAGGCUGUGAAGAGAGUAAAGGAGAUGCAAGCAGACAUGGGUGGCACUGAGAUUCUGCAGCCUCUGAAACACAUCUACAGUCAGCAGUGCAUCCCUAACCAGCCCAGACAGGUGUUCAUGUUCACUGAUGGAGAGGUGUGGAACACCAACGAAGUUCUUUCCCUUGUGAGAAACAACGCUGAAUCUCACAGGUGCUUCUCGUUUGGGAUUGGUGAAGGUGCGAGCACCGCCCUCAUCGCAGGAAUGGCUCAGGAGGGAUGUGGCCACGCCCAGUUUAUCACAGGCACUGAUCGCAUGCAGCCCAAAGUAAUGCAGUCUCUCCGCUAUGCUCUACAGCCAGCUGUGGUUGAUAUUAGUGAAGAGUGGACGGUCCCAGUGGGCAUGUCCGCCACCCGCCUUAGCCCACCCAUUAACGCACUCUUCCAGGGUCAAAGGGCACUGAUUUACGCUCAGCUGAAAGGAGAGAGUCAGAGCUCAGACUCUGAGGGGACUGUAACAGUGAAGUACCGUCUAGCAGAUCAAGAAGUCACCAACACACUCAGCUACUCCCUCAAGCCUGCUGAGAAUACAGGACUGUCCAUCCACAGACUGGCUGCCCGCUCUCUGAUCCGCUCUCUGGAACGGGAGGAGCAGAAUGAGGGAGCUGAGAAAGAGGCUUUAAAGGCCAGAGUGGUGGAGCUCAGUGUGCAGGCUGGAGUGAGCAGCUCACACACAGCCUUCAUCGCCGUUCUUAAGGGCAGUGGAGAGGCUGUGACAGGACCACUGCUGAGGAGGAGAGUGCCUACAGCAGGGUUGUUUGGCAUGGGUCCACCAGUCGCAAUGGCAUGUUGUGCUCGUUUCCCUAGUGGUCCUGUACCAAUGAUGGCCAUGGCUGGUCCAAUGAUAGGCAUACCAGGUGGUGCUCCACCAAUGUUGGCCGACAUGGCUGCUCCUCAAAUUAUCCAGAUGGGUGGUUCUAAUAUAAUUAUGGCUGACAUGGAAGAGGAUUCUGAAGACCCUGGGGAAGCUGUUAAAGACCCCCUGCUGCAGCUCAUCUCCCUCCAGAAGGCUUCAGGCUGCUGGGAAAUGGACGGUGCACUGGCGGAGGUGUUUGGGAAGACAGAGGAAGAGGUGGUCAAGCAGACCCCCGCACAGGUGGAGAGGGGGUCUGGGCUACAAUUCUGGCUCUGAUCUGGUUACACGGAUUUAAGAUGGACGCUCAAGUUGAGUGGCAGUUUGUGGCCAUGAAAGCAGUGACAUGGAUCCGCAACCAGAAAGUGGUCAGUCUUUCUGAGAGUGUUCGUGUGGGUAAUGAUCUGCUGGGCUGCCAGGUUAAAGAAGAGGAUCUUGGACUCUGAAGUCUUCAUACAUUCUUUCUCUAAAGCUGCUGUGCCUAAUGCAGACUUCAGAAAUUCUAUAGCCUACGCCUCAUUUACUAAUGUUCACACUACCCCUGGUGUUUACUUUGAUUUUAGCAAAAUUAUCCAGUUUUACAUUAGCAUUUCUGUAAGUUUUUAUUACCCUUGCGUGUUUGAAUCAUUAUGCUAAAGGGCCUGUUUGUUUCAUCUCUGACUGAUCUGUGCCUUCUUGUCUUUGAACAACUUAGAUUUAAAGAUGUAUCAUAUGGAGCUGUUACGUGUAACUACUGGAGCAAACUGUAGAAGUCAUUUUAAUAAAUAUGCAACCUUCACUUCCACAAAUAAAAUUCUGUGCUGCUGAA